UUUCUGUGUGUGAGCAGUGGUGUGUUCGGUGCGUGUGUCCCCUGCAUCCGGAGUUGUGUUGCGUUUCUCUUCAAGCCUAUCCAUGAGGACCUGAAGGUGCCAAACACCACGCCGACUCUCUGAGGAGCCAUGGAUUAUAUAAGAAAGCAACACAUGUAUCUCUCCAUCGUCAUUCUGAUAGUUAGCAGCACCUGUCACGCACUGCUGGACAGAUUCCAGGAGGAGAACUCCGACCAGAUGUUCCCUCGCCACCUGAACUCAGACGACGACAGCCCAAUUACCUCCUGUGAUUUUGAGUCGCUCUGCCUCUGGACUUUAUCAAAUCACAGCGGCCAAAGUGACUGGUCAGUUGUGUCCCCACAGCAACCGGAAAAGGCACAGGUUGGGGUGAUGCCUGCGACCGACCACUCAGAGGGAAGCUCUGACGGACACUUCCUGCUCCUGAGCUCCUCCUCGACCACUGAGGCCUCUGGGAGAAGCGAGUACCACUUAACCAGCCCGGUCUUGUCAGGUAGCAGCAAGCACUGCACCCUGCAGGUGGCUCUGUAUGAGUCCCAUCCAGCCUCGGGGAACCUGACGCUGCUGAUCCAACCAGUUCUCUCAUACGCGCCUGUCAACUCUGUUGCCGUCAACCGCGAGAGCCGAGACGACCGCAGGGCUGAGUGGGUGGUUGUCGAGAGCGUGAUUGGCCAGGUGGACGAACCCUUCGAGGUGACCCUGCUCUACACUUCCUCUCUGCGGGAGGGCGGCAACACGGUGGCUCUGGACUCUCUGGAGCUCAUAGACUGUGAAUCAGACCACCAGGAUGCUGUGUGUGGAGACUAUUACCACUGUGUUCACUCUGAAGACUGCAUCGACCCGAGCCUCGUGUGUAACUUCCACACUGACUGUCCGUACGGCGAGGAUGAGGGCUUCAUUUGUGGUGCUCUUCCGUCUGGCUCAUACUGCUCGUUCGAACAGGACGCAUGUGGCUGGUUUGUGUCCAAACAGCUGUCGGCCUGGAGGAGGGUCGCUGGAGACGAAUUUCUGGACAAGGAGGACAUGCAGGGUGUCACUCUGCAGAGUACACCAGGUCACUUCUUGUUUCUGCAGGUAAGAGACAGUAAUUCCCUUCGAGAGGCUUCCGUUCAGAGCUCAUCUUUCCCUCCUCCAGUCUCCUCUGCUGCCUGCCAGCUGCGCUUCUCUCUGUAUAUGUAUGGGGAUUUUAAUGGUUCACUGCUGGUGGCUAUAGAGGAGAACGGGACCAGCACCGCACCGCUGGUCUGGGAGAGAAAUGGUCAGCGGGCAGACGACUGGGAAGAUGUUGCCCUGCAGUUGACUGGCCUCCAUCAUGGGUUCCAUGUGAAGGUGACAGCUGUGUGGGGACAAGGCUCCAAUGCUGAUGUUGCUCUCGAUGACAUUGCAAUUGGAGCGUCAUGCUUCGAAUCAGAUAUCAACUCUCUGCUGCCCAUGACGGGCCUGGAGGAUCUCUUCAGCCCCCUUCCAGAGCCCUCAGCCUCAGAAGUUUCUCUGAUGACAUGGUGGUUUAACUCGUGCGGUGCCAGUGGUCCUCAGGGCCCGACCCAGGCCCAGUGCGACAGCACCUACAGGAACAAAAAUGUCAGUGUCACCGUGGGGAAGGAGGGGCCGCUGAGAGGAGUCCAAAUGUGGAGAGUACCUGCUACCAACAGAUAUCUGAUCUCUGCCUACGGGGCCGCAGGAGGGAAAGGAGCCAAAAACCACAACAAACGCAACCACGGCGUCUUCAUUUCCGCCAUAUUUCCUCUGGAGAAAGGAGAUGUACUCUACAUCCUGGUGGGCCACCAGGGAGAGGACGCAUGCCCGGGGAGGAAUCCUCUCACUCAGAAGAUCUGCCUGGGCGAGUGGUCGGUGAUCGAAGACAACCUCAGAGGAGAGGCUGGCGCUGAGUGGGCAGGAGGGGGAGGGGGAGGAGGCGGAUCUACCUACAUCUUUAAGAUGGAGAGUGGCGAGCUCAUUCCGCUGCUGAUUGCAGCUGGUGGAGGAGGAAACGCCUAUCUGGAGGACCCGGAGUCCAGUUUGGACCAGAUACCACUGGAGCAGUAUGAAAACAGUACCAUACGACCCAGCAGCAACGGACGAACUGGUGCUGCAGGUGGAGGUGGAGGUUGGAAAGAUGAUCCCAGUCCUAACGUGCGAGCUGGGAAGUCUCUGGUCGAGGGCGCCGAGGGGGGGUCCUCGUGUCCACUUGCCCUGUCCAAGCUCAGCUGGUCCACCUUCGGGGGUUUUGGAGGUGGAGGUGGAGCCUGCACGGCUGGAGGUGGUGGAGGAGGGUACAGAGGAGGUGACGCGGCGCUGACGGACGAGAUCACAGCCGACGGUCAGAACGGCGUCUCGUUCAUUCAUCCAAUGGGAGAGAUCUUCCUGCAGCCUCUGGCAGCGAUGGAGAGUCACGGCGAGUGUGAGAUCAAGGUGCAGCUGAACUGCAGCCACUGUCAGACGCAGAGCUGCAAACGUGAUGAAGACACUCACCUCAUCCUCUGCCUCUGCGACGAAGACGAGGUCCUGGCCACCGACAAUGUCACGUGUGUCGGUACUGUAGCAGCUCCUCAGGGUCCAGCUCCGCAGGGCCAGAUGUCGACGCUGCUGAUCCUGGCGGUCGUGGUCUCCACCGUCGCGAGUGGCGUCGCGCUGAUCUGCGCCAGCGUCAUCCUCAUGUGGUACCGCAGAAAGAACGAUCUGCAUGCAGUGAGGGGGCGUCUGCAGAGUCCGGAGUACAAGCUGAGCAAGAUCCGCUCGUCCACCAUCAUGACGGACUACAACCCCAACUACUGUUUUGCGGGGAAGGCUGCGUCCCUCAGUGAACUGAAGGAAGUGCCCCGCAAAAACAUCACGCUACUCAGAGCUCUCGGCCACGGUGCAUUUGGUGAAGUCUAUGAAGGACAACUUCUGGGGAUGAGCGGUGACAACAGUCCAAUGCAGGUGGCCAUAAAGACUCUUCCAGAAAUCUGCUCCGAACAAGAUGAAAUGGAUUUCCUGAUGGAGGCGCUUAUAAUGAGCAAGUUCAGCCAUGAGAACAUUGUGCGCUGCAUCGGCGUCAGUCUCAACAUCUUGCCUCGCUUCAUCCUGCUGGAGCUGAUGACCGGAGGAGACAUGAAGAGUUUUCUGAGGCAGAACAGACCACGAGCUGGCCAGACCUCUUCUCUCACUAUGCGGGAGCUGCUGCGGAUCGCCAAAGACAUCGCCUGUGGCUGUCGCUACCUGGAGGAGAACCACUUUAUUCACAGAGACAUUGCUGCAAGAAACUGCCUGCUCACUUACCCUGGACCGGACAGAGUGGCUAAAAUUGGAGACUUUGGCAUGGCACGGGAUAUUUACAGAGCCAGCUAUUACAGGAAAGGGGGUCGUGCCAUGCUGCCAGUUAAAUGGAUGCCACCGGAGGCCUUUAUGGAGGGAAUCUUCACCUGCAAGACGGAUACAUGGUCAUUUGGAGUGCUGCUGUGGGAAAUCCUCUCCCUGGGCUACAUGCCCUAUCCGUGUAAAACCAAUCAGGAGGUGCUAGAGUUUGUCACCAGCGGAGGGAGAAUGGAUCCUCCCAAAGGCUGUCCAGGGCCUGUCUAUCGGAUCAUGACCCAGUGUUGGCAGCACGUUCCUGAACACCGACCAAACUUUUCCACUAUCCUGGAGAGAAUCAACUACUGCACUCAGGACCCAGACGUGAUCAACACACCCCUGCCAGUGGAAUAUGGCCCCAACACAGACGAUGAUAUCGGCAAAAUAAUCCGUCCCUCUGACCUCACCUCCAGCAGCCUCACACCGCUCCUCGCGUCCCACCCUGUUACCCAGGAUACCCCCUCCCAGCUGGGGCUCUCCUCUCUGGGCCUAGGCCCAACUCCCCUCCCACCACAGCCAACCAAACCUCGUCUACUCCUCCAGAGAAUCCAACCUGUCCACCAGGAGGUGACAUCAUACCGGGAGGCGCUGCAGCCGUCCUGGGCUGAGCCUGUUCCUGCCCCUGGUUUGUCAGCAGCAGCAGCAGCAGGAAGCCACUGGCUCCACCCUGAGCCUCCGCACCACCGACCUUGUUCCAGGAACAGCUCCUCUUCAGGGAGCCAGAGGCUGAAGAACAAGACCAAGAACCUGUGGAACCCCACAUACAGCUCCUGGGUUUUGGAAAACUUAAGAGGGAAGAAAACACUGGCUCAUACUCAGUCCAUGCCACUCUCCAGCUCCGCGUCCACCAACACCUCCUGCAGCCCAGCUUCAGAGAGCAACGAGGCUGAGUGCGACAGCACCAGCAGCUCCCAGCUCAGCCCUACCAGCCUCUGCACUUCCUCAACUUCAUCCCCUUCUUGCCAGCCCCAAGUUGCCCAGAGUUCAUCCUCAAAUAAGACCCCAGCAGGUGGGACCAUGAAAGCCGGCAUGGACCUGGCUAAGCUCCAGAGUUUCCCAUGUGGUAAUGUCAAUUAUGCCUAUGACGAGCAAAGCUAUGAGGCAGAGAGCCUGCCCCUGGUUAUACCCAAAGCCUCAGAAGCCAUCGCAAACACCAGCUCUGCCCCGAGUGUCUCCUCAGGGACCAGCCUGGGACUGACGUUUAGCCUCCAUGCCCCCUCCUCUUGUGUGCCCAAACUGCUGCUGAAGCGUCACGCCAGCUAUGGCCACGAGGACGUGAGGAGACACACCAAAGCUGAGAAACCCACACGUGACCGUGACUCAGGUUUCUCUCUGUCCGAAGACCUCAGCGUUACCCCAAUCUGAGAAACUGCUCACAAUAACAGGGAUCUGGAUUUUCAUUAAGCUACAAUUUCACCAGGAGCCCCAUCUCUCACACACUAAAAGUAAAGCUCUGGAUUUCUGGAACAGAAAACAUGACCACGAGGAAACGGCACAGCGAAUCCUCAGAGCUCCUGGAAUGCUGGAAAACACACACAAACGCUUACACACACACAAACACUCAACUGCACUGUGAUGAUUAGAGCCAGUGCCUGACUUUUUUUCUUUGCCUCUGAUACACUGGUAGCUGAACACUGAAGCUCAAACACUGGAUGACACACAGACCCACACUUUCUCCACAUUGUUGGUGAAGACUGUCUUAGUCGGACUCCUGUGUUUUUAUUUGCUAUAUUCUUUGUUACAACAGCUUUGGCAACCGUAUAUGUUAAAGUAUUAUGUAAAAAUGUGUUGUAUUCAGAUGUAUAUUAACAAAAACAAGCCAAAAAAUACAUCAGCCAUUUGGGAGGGGAUUGUUUUCAUCUCAAAUUAGACAUAGCUUUUGUAGAAUAGGAAGUAUGGAGUUAGGAUUUUGUUUAAUUUGUAUUGUCAUUCAUGCGUACAGGAAGUUGUAGUGCUAGUAACGAGAAUCUGAUUUGCUUUCAUCCCAAAUAAUAUGAAGACAGAUGAUCCCAAAGCUACUGCAAUAACAUGUUUCCUGUAAUUGUCCGUUUUUUCAACAAACCUGUGCCUGGAGGUGAAUUCAUGAUCUUUGAAACCAAAGCUGUCGACACAAUGUCCACUCCAGAGGUGUUUUCAAAGCUGCUGGCCUCAUCUCUCGGAUUUCCAGUUAAGUUGAGUUUGCUCAGUUGUCAUGGAGAUGGCUGGGUUUGUUUUCACGUUGCCCGAGAUGUAAUUUUAGUAAUGUGAUUGUAGACGUUCGUGGCCUCCUUACUGCUUUGUGGAACGUCUGGAUGCCUUCCCGAUCGAUGCUGUGAGCGACGCUGGCUUGGCCCUCACAGCUUGCUGUCGUUGCCUGUUUCCUUCUUUCAUUCAGUCUCACAGGUCGUGUUGGUGAGAAGAUCAUGCCAGUACUGUAAAUAUGAAGGUACAACCAGCAGCCUCUUUGCCAAGCUAGCGACUGGAAACAAGGUUAAAAAAUACCUACCAGCAAGUUUUUCAGACACAUUCAUUUGCACGUUACACAUUUGUUUCAAUCUCUAAAAAAAAUAAAUUAGGAACAAGUUUGGUGUUUUGAUUUGUUGCAAAUUUUAUUAGCAAGCUUUAAAGGCUAGCAGGCCAGGCUAACGGCUUCCCCCUGUUUUUGGUCUUUGUGCUAAGCUAAGCUAACUGAACGCUGGCUAUGGGGGAACCAGUUAACAAGAGGAAACGAAUGUAACCAGUUAUUAAAUACCUACCAGCACCUGUUUAAGAUGCAUUAUUUAAGACGUUAUACAUUUUUUCAUUCUGUACAAAAAGGAAAUUAAAAACAAGUUGAGCGUCUAAAACCUCACGAUUUUAAACAACUAAAAUAAACAUGGUGUCACAUGUUGACUCGUGAGUUUUACAGGCUGGCAGGCAACUGUGGUAAAUUGCCGAUGACCUAUAUAUUUGUUUGUUUUUCAAAAACUACAUCAAUCUUGAUUAUUUUGAUUUGAUUUUUUUCCUUGUAUUGAUGUUUCAUAAAUGUACAAACAUAUAGAGUUUGAUGAUGACCAUGCAGCUGUGAAAAUAACGUUAUCGCUAUUUUUGUACCCACUUCCUUACACUGGACUAACCUGUUGCAUUUGUAGCCAUUUUGUCAUUGAUUUGACAUUUGUAUUCAUUUAUUGUUUGUGAUGAAUCUGUACCCGUAGUUAAUCACUGCCAUUCUGAACACGACACUGCAUCUGCUGCUGCGGUUGUUUUACUCAGCAGGGGGAGGUGUUCAGUUCUGAAAUACCAAACAUGCUGCUGCAGGUAUCUCAGUCUCUGUUCUGUAUUUAUAUUGACAAGUUAUUCUUAUUUUAUCGAUUUAUUAAGUUGUUCUCUAGUAUGUGUCUUUUUUUUAGCUUAAACAUGUUGAUAGAUUAUUUUUUACAACGUUGAAUGAAUGGUUACAUUUACAGCAUAUAAGGGUUUCAUUAGCUUAUAUAAUGUUUUUUUUUUUAAUGUUCCGGCUUGCUGAGACAAGUGAAUUGUUAUCACAGUUGCUCAACGGUCCACUUGAAAAUAACAUAUUCAGAAAUGUUCACUUACCUGGCUGCCAUCGAUUUCCUAACCCUAUAUUUGGUUUGUUAUCUAGUGAGAAAUUUCUGCAACAACAACGAAUAUUGAUUUCAGUGGAAUUUAUUUUACAAGCACCUCUUGCUAACAGUGUAUUGCUGUGUGGAUUCCUUUCUUUAUUGUUUAAGUAGCCAACUGUGUUAAACCUCAACCAACAGUGCAAAGUCAUUCUAUGCAAUAUACGGUCUUUCACACUUCAAUCUUUUACCUUAAUGUGCCCCAAAUAAAUCAUCAUAUAUUUAUCUCAACUGUGUAAGUUUCAUUAUUUAA